UAUUCUUCCCAGAGAAAUAAUGGAGCAAUACCCUAGUUUAGACCGAAUAAACACAAUCCUACUUCCAAUUGAGGAUGGAUUAGAUACGGAUCCCUACUUUCCUCCAGAUGAUAGCUCACUAUUUGCUGUUGACAACAAGUGGCAUGAUGAAACUCUUGAUGAAGAAGUUGAAUAUAAGAACAUGCUGUCAGAAGCUAAGACUCAGAGAUGGAAAGAAGAAAUCGAAUGGAGAAGACUCAGCGAGAUUUUUGAUUCAGAUUAUCAAGUGAUCGAUGAGAAUGUUGGAGCUCAAGAUGUCAAGCAAGGCCAGCUUGGAGAUUGCUAUUUCCUUGCUGUUCUCGCCUCUAUCGCCACCAAUGCAAAGGAAGAGCUGUUCGAUAUUCUGUUCACUGAUUCCAGAGAAUAUGGCUUAAUGGAUUUUGAAGAGAAGCCAAAAAUCUUUUCGAUCAAGCUCCUAGUGAAUGGAAAAUACGAAGUUAUCAUGAUCGACGACUAUGUUCCAUAUAAUAUAAAAUAAGGAGAAGAUUGCCUUCUGUUCCACUUAUACUAACAAUAUCUGGGCAAUUUUGUUGGAGAAAGCAUUUGCCAAGAUAAAUGGUAGUUAUGAAGAUAUUAUCAGAGGUACUGCUACUAUCGCUUACCAAUUCUUGCUUCCCUACCAAGUCAAGUACUUUGACCAUUAUGGAGACAGCAAAGCUGAGAUGGGCAAAACUUGGAAGAAGAUUUCAAGCCGUUCAUCCGCUGGGAAAUAUUGUAAAUAAAAAGGUCAAAGGAUCAAAAAUAAAAUCAUCCAAAAGUGCACUAGUGGCUACCUGAGCCACUGGCAAGAAUGUAAAGAAGGAGGAUAGGAAAUAAGGAAUGCAAGGAAGCUGGCCUUAACUUUGCACACGCAUAUUGUUUGCUGGAUUCAUUCAUUAUCGACAAAGAUCGAUUUGGGCUUGAAGAAGACCAUAAAAUACUUAAAAUUAAAUAAUCCAAAAAUAUCAACUUGGAAAGGAGAUUGGAGUAAAGACAGUGAGCUAUGGACAGAUGAAAUCAAAGAAUUUGUUGGCUUCAAUAAAGCUGAUAAAGGAGAAUUUUAUAUCUCUUUCAACGAUUAUUGCUCAUUCUUUUACAAAACUACAAUAUGAUUCUACCAUCCCGAGCUACAAUUUAAUAAUAUUGAGCUCAGUCAUCCUCCUGGAGGGAGAUGAUUUGUCCGUAUCUUUCUUGAAGAAGAAGACAAAGUGCAAUUUAAAAUAGUCCAAAUUCAAAGAUUCCUAUUCCCACGAACUUUCAGAUAUAAAGUGUCUCCAACCCAUUUUGUCAUUGCUAAAAUUCAUACAGAUAAAGCAGAAAUUAUUGAUGUUGCCAACUCUAAAAUCAACCAAAGCUUUGCAGUAAAGCCAAAGAAUGCAUUUCCGCCAGGAGAUUAUGUGAUCAUGGUCAAAUUAGAUCUUGCUCAUGAAGAAAUCAACAAAUUCAACCUCAAUAUCAUGGCUGUCAAGCCAAUAAUAUUUCAUCAGCUUCUUGAAUUAGAAGAAGAAGAAUUUGCAGGUAGAAUGAUAGAUGAAGCAAUUAAAAAGAAAAAUAAAAAGCCUAAAACUACUCCUAAAAAGACAAAGACAGGAACAAGCUCUAAAGUUGUACGGUCAGGGAAAACCAAGAAAACUAAACCAAAGACUGUAAAGAAAACUUGAAAGACCAAGAACCCCAAAAACAAUAAGUCUGAUUAAUCAUCCCUAAAAUAUUUUCAAUUUCAA